GCUCUUCUCCUCUCCCCUCCUCAGUUCGUGUUUCAGUAAAGCUUAUAAAAAUUUUAAUUUUUUUUCUGGGUGGGGGAGAAAGCAAGAGAAAAUCUCGUGACCCUGUUCUCUCGGGAGCGCACACAAUCCUCUCCUUUCUUCCUCCCAUCGAUGUAAUACACACCCUUGUUCUCGAGCUUACCGUAGUGCCUAGUGGAUUAUAAAGUUUUGCCCCCGAUCGAGGAAGGGAGGGAGCACGAGAUCUCGAUUCCCCUUUACACGAGGAUGUUCCUUGUUUUGAUUAAUCAUCAGUAAGGUUCUAAAGUCGAGGUACAAUGCGUAUGAAUCCUAUCUCGAAGCUGGCUCUGGUCUGGUUAACACUUGUCGGCUCAGUCCUUGUCUCCUAUGCGGAGCUUGAGUUUGGUCACUGCGAGAGAGUUGUGAAAGAGUGGGCGGAUACUUCUUCAUCUCGUGAAGAACAUCCUCCUAACAUAGACAAACGCUCGCUUCAGGAUCUGCUCUUCUUUCUCCAUGUUCCUCGAACUGGAGGCAGGACUUAUUUCCACUGUUUCUUGAGGAAGUUGUAUGAUAACGCUGAGGAGUGUCCUCGCUCUUACGACAAGCUCCAUUUCGAUCCAAGGAAGCAAAAGUGCAAGUUGUUGGCAACGCAUGAUGAUUAUAGUUUAAUGUCUAAGCUUCCGAGGGAGAGAACCUCGGUGAUGACAAUAGUCAGAGACCCUGUCGCUCGUGUCCUGAGCACUUAUGAGUUUUCAGUAGAGGUAGCAGCUAGGUUCUUGGUGCAUCCCAAUUUAACUUCUGCGACAAGGAUGUCUGGCCGCAUCCGCAAGAAUAAUGUGAUAAGCACGCUUGACAUAUGGCCAUGGAAGUACCUUGUUCCAUGGAUGAGAGAAGACCUUUUUGCUCGAAGAGAUGCACGAAAACUUAAGGGAGUAGUUAUCAUUGAGGACGACAACCCGUAUGACAUGGAGGAGAUGCUUAUGCCACUGCACAAAUAUCUAGAGACCCCUACUGCUCAUGACAUUAUCCACAAUGGAGCAACCUUUCAGAUUGCAGGAUUGACAAAUAAUUCCCGUUUAUCAGAAGCCCACGAGGUUCGGCAUUGUGUGCAGAAGUACAGAAACCUCGGUGAGCCUGUUCUCCAAGUCGCCAAGAGAAGGUUAGACAGCAUGUUGUAUGUUGGACUGACAGAAGAGCACAGGGAAUCUGCAUCACUUUUUGCCAAUGUAGUGGGUUCUCAGGUGCUUUCUCAAUUGGUUACAUCAAAUGCAACUGCAAAAACCGAAACUACUAAAUCAGAAGCAAGUGUUACAGUUUCAGAAUCUGGAUCAGAUAAGAGUGAAACUCAGAAUGGUACAUCUGAAGUUGCAUCUAAUAAGAUAGAAGCUAAGAGUGGAAAUAUGACGGUGAAAACUCUAAUGGAAGUCUAUGAGGGAUGCAUUACUCAUCUAAGAAAGUCGCAAGGAACCAGGCGGGUCAACUCCUUGAAGAGAAUAUCCCCAGCAAAUUUUACCAGAGGGACGCGUACAAGAGUUCCUAACGAGGUCAUUCAGCAGAUCAAAUCGCUUAACAAUCUAGAUGUGGAGCUUUACAAGUAUGCUAAAGAAAUCUUUGUUAAAGAACAUGAACUAGUGUCCAAGAAAAUGGUUUCAACUUCUAAGAGAAGCAUUGCUGAUCUGCAGAACGUGUUUGGAGAAAUGGAGGGUGAGAAGCUGUGGAAGUUUGUAUCAGUGGCGUUGAUGCUUUUACUGCUCUUCCUCUUGUUUCUAUUUGUAAACGCUAGAAGGAGAAUAACCUCUAAGGUUAAGAUUUGAUCAUCUCAUUUCUUUUGGGCCAAAUUCAGCAAUUAGGAGAAGCUUCUGGGUCCAGUUGUAAUAUUCUAUUUGUUUUCUUUUCGUGGAAAAGAAAAAGUUUUGGGUGUUGCCUUAAAAAUGAAGAAUCUGAAGCAAAGCCCAUAUCUUCUUUCUUUUAGAAAGGCUAAAUAAUAUAACAAAAGUCAAAACUA